AGGGGGGGAUCCUGGUUUUCUCUGAUUUAAAAAAAAAAACACAUUUUGAUUAAGAAAAGUAACCCAAAAUUCACAUUUUUCCAUGAUUAAAAUGGAACACCCCUAUAUCUACAACUAUAUGUUAGCAGUGCUUUGCUUUAAUCACGGGAAAAUGUUUUUUUUUCCUUUAAUCCAAAAAUUGGGGAUUUUUUUUUUUUUUUUAAAUCGGAGGGAACCAGGAUUCCUGGUAAUUAGUCCCUGUGAGCUGCUUUGUGCCAGCCAGAGGGAUCUGCCUUGGCUGGAGUGAGCAAAAUGCUACAGGGUGCAGCCUCCUGUGUUGGGGACAGUGAUUUGGGGUCGGGCUCAUGGGGCUGCGACUGCCAGGGCUGGUCCAGAGCAGCUCCGUGAUGCCAGGAAGAGGUACAAACGGUGCUUCAAAGCAGCAUGUUGCUCUCGUUUUUGCAGCCAUCGAUUAACUUCUGUUGGCUGAGUGUAUGUGUGUGCGCGCGUGCACACGUAUGUAUUUGUUCUGCAGGAGUGAGGCAUACAUGACUGGAAAAAAGCACAUGGGGAAAAAUGAAGUGUUUAAUUUUGAACAUUUGGCACUUGCAGAUGCUAACUAGAAAUGAGUGAAAGUGGGAACUCGGAUGUGAAAGAUGUAGGUUCUGGGGAAGAUGAGAGAGAACAGCUUCAGGAGUUCACUGAGAAUUUUAAUCAACUUGAAUUGCUGGAAACGCAUAGACAUCUAAUUCCCAUGGGAACUCAGAGCUGCUGGUCAGGGCAGUCUGAGGAUGAGGAAGAUGAGCAAGAGAAAAGCGAGGAGUGGUACCAAAUGCAAGAAAAGCAAAUGGAAAAGAAUCCAGAUAAGCUGUUGCUCUGGGCAGCUGAAAACAAUCGGCUUAGUACGGUACGAAGGCUCCUAUCACAAAAUCUAGCUCCAGUAAAUGUUCAAGAUGAAGAUCAGUACACACCUCUGCAUCGUGCUUCCUACAGCGGACACUUGGACAUUGUGCAUGAAUUGAUUGGCCAAGGUGCAGAUAUCCAUGCACUGACUGUGGAUGGCUGGACACCCCUGCAUAGUGCAUGUAAGUGGAACAAUACAAAAAUAGCUUCGUUCUUGCUUCAGCAUGGUGCAGAUAUCAAUGCUCAGACGAAUGGUUUGCUGACACCAUUGCAUCUUGCUGCAGGAAACAAAAAUAGUAAAGAAACCCUGCAGCUUCUGCUGAUGAAUCGCUACGUGAAACCAAACUUGAAAAAUAACUUGGAUGAAACUGCCUUUGAUAUUGCUAGGAGGACUGAUGUCUACUAUUACCUUUUUGAAAUAGUAGAGGACUGCAUAAAUUCUGCACCAGACUCUUAAAAAAAAACAAAACAAAAAAAACUUUGUAUGUGAAUUUCUUUUCUUUCUCCUAUGUACAACCGUUGCUGUAUUCAAAUGUGGUGUUUUCUCCCUGAUAGCAAAGAUUUAAAGGGAGAUACUUUGUGGGGCCUCUUAUAACCUAAUAUCUUGUUGUUUUUGCAAGCAUCUAUUACAACUCAUUGGGGUUAUUUGUUUUGGGGGUUUUUCCCCACUUGCUUCCUAAUGUGAUCACUCUAUUCAAAGAGUUUUGAGAGUAUUCAGGACACUGCAGUGAAUGUAAUAUUUAGCUAUGGGUCUCCACAUAUUAAGUGGAGAUUGAUAGACCCUUAUUUAAUUACAGUCCAAAACACUAAAAUCAAGGAGAAAACUGGAAUAUAUGGCACGGUGGGUGGGGCAGGGGCAGGAAUUGUUAGUUGCUAGUCAGUGUUUAUUAGAAUCUUUAUUGUGAGAGACUUAUUUUUAAAAUUUAAAGUGCAUGAAAAAUCGGACUGAAUGCAACUCAUAGAGAUGUUACUCGAAACAUAUAACAAUCCUUCUGGAAAGCUUAUUAAAACAGUAUAAAAUA